UACCCGCCCCGGGGAGGUUCACAUUCAGCCACCACUGCGCCUAAAGAUCAGUGGCAUUGACAUUUUGUAGUAACUGAGGAAAAACAAUAACUUGUCAUACGAAAAGAUGGCAGACCCAGCAACAGACAAAGUGCUUAUAACAGAGACGGCUGAACUGUCUUCACGUUCUGUGCCAUCCUACUUUGACCCCUAUGAGCGCUCUGUAAAAUACAUGGAAAGUCAUCAAAUUCUUCAGAUCUUUCAGGAGAUUGCUGAGAACCUGGUUUUUGACAGGCCAGACAAUCCUCUUCAGUUCAUGUUAGAACAGGUACAAUUGAAGAUUCGAAACAGAGAAGAAUCCAACUGCAAACCAGAGAAAAUAGAGUAGGCUAGCAGCCUGUUCUACCAUGCACUGCAGAAGGCACCUGCGUCAUUCAAUCAUGAGUAAAAUGUCAUUCAUUGCUCACAGUGUCGUCUGUAUAUCUCCAGGGGGACUCCAAAUCACCAGCGAGCAUAGGCCAUUCACAGGAAUACACAUUGGCUAUGUUACACUAUAAACUGCCUCAGCAAUCUAUAGACCAAGUCUUAGUAAAAUGGCAAUGAUUGUGAAGUAGGCUAGCUAUCUUAUAGUCCAAAUGACAAUUUAGCAAGACCAGACAUACAAACAACCUUGUGAUACAAUUUUGAUAUCUCAAAUGCAGAAUAACUUCAUUGCAACAGAAGUAUACAAAACAAAUAUUAUUUUUUAUUUAGUAUCCCAGGCAGACUGUUCAAUGCUCAGCCAGUCACCAAAUAGGCUAUUCAGAUGAGCCACUAUAAUGAAGCAAUCUGUGUUUAGACGUUUUCUAGACAUUAAGUCAACGUUUCAUAAAUUGUAUGUUAGAGUUCAUUAAAAAGCAUUAACAACAUGAAUCAAAACAAAAUUAUUGAUUCUCUUUUAAUCUUUUGAGAAAUUUUUUUUUUUUUCUCUAUCUCUAUAAUGUAUUGCUAUCAUCUGGGCACCUAGCCUUUCCCUCCCUCCCUUUCUAGCCUAUUUAAUCUCAGAAAAUAACCUAUAUGCUUAAUAUUAUAAUUUUUCCCACUUUCUUCCUCCACUUUUUAAUUUGAGAAAAACGUACUGUACUCUGCCUGUGAAGGAAUGGCCACUACAGGCCCUUGUGCUAUCUGUCUGCCACAGCAACACAUCGACCUUGAAACUCCUGAUGCGUUUCAUUUAAUUUGAGUCAGCCCCUGUGGCACCACAGCGUUGUAAAUAAUGAGACUCUGGGGAAACAAUAAUUCUUCAGAAUUUAAAUUCAAAGUAAUUCUUCAGAAUUUGAAUUCUAUCUUCUUUAAGCCCAUCACUGAUAAUAGAAAGGACCAUGGUAACUAGGUCUGUUAGCCAUCAUAGCAAGAGGACUGAAGAAAGUGCCAUGUUAUGUCACCAUGGAGACAGACCUAUACCAUGUGUAGUUCACAUAGUAACAGAUCAAGCGAAGCACGCUAUCUGAUCUAGGUUUUUCAUGUGUCAAGAUGAUUCUCCAAUCAUUGUAAAGACCGCAAGCCAUGGCAGAUUGAGAAAACAAAAAAAACGUAAUGCUAUGGUUAUAACAAGUGAUCAUCCAGUUAUGACAUACAGUAUGCUGUGGAUAAACUUUAAACCAAGAACCUGGUCAUACUUUCACAUUUCAGAAUAGGCCUAGGCAUACUCAAUUGGCACUUGGCAGAACUGUUAUAAGUGAGCAGCCUACAUGAAAUUUAGCAACAAUGACAACACUUUU